AUCGCGUCGAGCGACGGGAUUCGGACUUGCCACUUCCGGCAAUGCGGGCGCUCGGACGCCACUGCUCAAUUUGGUAGCUGGCUUGUAGACAGCGCACUCAUCCUGACGGCCCACCAUGAAGCAUGGGGUCGCGUUCCGCAAGUUCUCGAGGACAUCCUCGCAUAGGAUGCUCAUGCUGAGGAACCUCGUCACCUCGUUGUUCGAGCAUGAGCAAAUCAAGACAACCCUUCCGAAGGCGAAGGAUACCGCGAGACUUGCAGAGAAGAUCAUCACCUUGGGCAAGAAGGGAGACCUGCACGCCUUCAAGCGCGCACAGCAGUUCCUCCUGCAGCCGCAGCUGGUCCCCAAGGUUUUCACCACUUUCGCCAAGCGCUAUUCCGAGCGUCCAGGAGGAUACACACGGAUUCACAAGUUCGGCCGGCGGCAGGGCGACAACGCGCCGCACGCGAUCCUCGAGCUCGUCGACAACCCGCGCGACCUCCGCUUCGAGAUGACCGCUCGCGCGGUCGGCUGGGAGCUCCUCGGCAAGCGGCUCGACAACGAUGGCCCUCGAAAGCUCGCGGAGACGGGUGUGAAGGGCGUGGAAGACGUCGUCAAGCAGGAGCGCACUAGCGAAUCGAAGGGUUGGGACGGCGAGCUGCGCCCGAAAACGAGGUGGUAUCUGAAGAAGGUGCUCAAGUACAGGGGCGAGGAAGCUGUUUCGGAUUUGGCUCAGAAGGCGGAGGACCACCUCGACACCUUGUUGGCCAAGCCCAUGGCUCCCAAGGAUGUUCUUGAGAAAUCUUCCAAGAAUGCUCUUGAAGAGGCUUCCGAGCAAACAGCUGAGACACCAUAUGCGAGCUUGAAGUCGAUGCGACUGCGGGCUGGUCAAACCGUGCCGGGAGGUGUACGCAGUGCGUUGAACUUGGCCCAAGGUGACCUUGGGAAGACCUGGAUGACGGGUGGUCGCCUGCGGUAUCUCGAGCGAAGAAAGCUGGGUGUUGACAAAACUCCCCUUUGGGAGAACCCUUAAUUCUCUACUGUAUACACCGCUCAGCCCCAUGCCGGCUUCUAUUGCAUCUCUGACUCCACCAUGCAUAUUCGAGACGUCGGAUAAACCGCGUAACGGCUUAAUCAUCGCAUACUGUAUAAUGCCGAACAUCCUUCGUUCAGCACGCAUGCGCAGCUACCAACAUGCCGAUUGCCCGUGCGUGGUCUGUCGCCUUUUCUUGAACUUAUUCUAGGCAGGCAGAAAUUCUCUGCUCAAGACAAGCAUAUGGGAGGAUACACGCGUCUUUCGCAU